GCGAGCUGUAUUUAGAGUCAGCCACCUGCUUGGGAACAUCAAGCUGCAGAAAGAGCCUGCUUCAGCAAAACCUUCCCUGUGCAUUCCACAGCAGCGGCUGCCAGCAGGCCCUCCCUGCUCUGCCUGACUCUGCAUGAGGCCUCCAAAGGGGUCAGCACCUGAAGACAGACCCUGUCAGCCCAGGAGUGUCUGAGCCUGGCACUCCCCUCUGCCCAGGAACUGCCAGAUAUUUUGGACAGCUGCAAGGUGGAAUUAAAUCACGUGGGUGAAGAGUGGCCUAAUCUCUACAUAGGCAAUAUACAGUUUCUUUACCAAACUGAAGAAAACGAAAACCUGUCUCUGAUACAGCCUGAGUGCAUGCAAAGGACCAGCAGGAUGCUUCGCACCAGAGACUCUUCACCUCUGACUAGGAGCCCUGCCUACGAAACACCAUCACUAACAGAUCUCCAGCAGCUCCUGUGGCUCAGAGGAGGCUCUGACAAUCAUGUGGACCAAGUCUGGCCAAAUAUCUACGUGGGAGAUGCGUGGGCUGCUAGGAGCAAAGCUACACUUCAAAGCCUCAAAAUUACUCAUAUCCUUAAUGCAGCAGAUGGACCAUAUAACAUUGACACAGGAGCCAAAUAUUAUGCAGAUCUGCAAAUAGAGUACUAUGGAAUAGAAGCAUUUGAUGAUCCUGCCUUCGAUUUAAGUGUCUUCUUCUAUGAUGCUGCCAAUUUCAUACGCAAGGCCCUAAACUCUUCAGGAGGUAAGGUGUUCGUUCAUUGUGCCAUGGGAGUGAGCCGCUCAGCAACUUUAGUGCUUGCCUUUCUAAUGAUCCAUGAAAACAUGACACUCGUGGAUGCCCUGAAGACAGUGAGCACUCACAGAAACAUCUGCCCAAAUAUGGGGUUCCUCAGCCAGCUCCGGGACUUGGACAUUAAACUGAAUGAAGAGAGGAAAAAAAACAAAGCAUCUGCCACCACAGGCCCAUAAUAGAAUAUUGCUGAAAGAAAGAGGACAAAAUCCUGCCUGCAUCUCCUCUAGAUGAACUGCAUUUAUAAAUUUAGGACACAAGUUUAUGGGACACCAGGACGCAUGCUAUUAAUAAAAGUAGAUUUUGCUUGAUCUUU